AUGCAGGGCACCAUGGGCCAGACACAGAGCAGACUAAAGGGCCCCAACACCACUGACGCCGAUGUCAACUUGACAUUCCCCGAAGUUUCCUCAGAACAGGAUCGACGAGCACUGCAAGCCCAUCGACCCCUCGGAGAUAGAGUUUCCCAAAUUCAACACGGAUAUGAUAAGCUUAACAACAACGGGCUGCAAUCGACCACAUUCCUUUCCAGUGAUAGAGGCGCCUGCUUCCGACACCCUCUUCUCUAUGCCUUUGACCUGCAUGAAGCAAGCCAGAGGGCAACCUCACACCAUUCGCAGAACCUUCACCGCGGCCCUACACCCCGGCCACACCCGGCAGCUGCUCUUAGGCGGGAGCAUUAUGCACGCAUUCGCCAGUCCCCCGGAGAGAUACGGCUCGAGGAGCAAAGCCUAGUGAGCCAGAUACAGAUAGACUCCGAUUACAACGUACACCUCCGCGUGGGCCAGAGCAAGAUCGACGCCUUCAUGAAGGCCGGCGGCGAGCGCGCCGCCACCUACGUGGAGGGCGCAGCCAACGUCAUGGUGUCCGCGGAGGAUAACCUAGCCGCCGCCGAGACUCUCAAGGCAGAACACGAACUGCGUAGCUCAUGCUACAGGCGGCCGAUUCCGCUCCCCGACGGCAAGAAGCACAGCGCGAAGGGCUUCGGCUUCGCCGCUCACCAGGUGCUCUAUACGCAGGGUAUUUUAGAGAAACACGACAUCAAUCGGUUCUUCCGCGGCAUCUUCCGCGUAUUUAUCUACUUUGGCAACGGCGACUACGAGAGUAAUGAGCAGCGCAAGGACGCCAUCGACAAGGCCCGCCUAGAGGAGCUCACCAAGGGGUAG